AUGAUCAUGUUUAUACGUAAUAUAAGUGCCAUGCGAGUAAAAAGUGCCUAUUGUUCAGCGUUUAUACCUGGUAUUCGAUCGAAUGAGCGAUUUAUUCCUACAUUUAAAAAACACGAUUUUUAUACGCAAUCAAAUUUUUUAUUUUUUUUGAAACGAGUAAACCUGAAAAUGCCGUUUGAUGAACGUUAUAAGUUGACAAUAGAUAUCAUUAAACAUUUUCAUCAUAUGAAUAUAAACGGUUUUGCCGUUGUUUUGAACAUUUUUUUGAUGCUUAAUACAUGGUGUAGUUCAAAAAAUGCAGUAAAAGCAGUUUAG